CGAACAUCAUCGAUUAGCUGGUUGUGAAACUAAACUCUUCAAUACACUAAAUUACAAGCAAGCCGUACAUUCCACGCUUCAAAUACAUCAUAAAAACGCUCUCUUCUUUUUCUCUGAAAUUAGCAAUAUACUAAACAUUGUUUGAUAUUUCUGUUACAUUCUAUGUUUAUGAUAACGACUCAAUAAAAUAAUUACCGGCCGGUAUUACGAAAGCAUCUGCCUCAUGAAGCAAAUUUUUUAUAAAUUUGAGUUAGCAUGUUUUCUCUAUUUAAUAACUGAAUAAUUAUCAUGACUGCAAAAUGAUAGAGGGCCUUUUCAUUUAAUUUUGAUGUUAUCUUAUAGCAAAACAAAUCAGAUGAAUUAUGCUGAAAGGUUAUCAAAAAAGCGGACUAUAUAUGAUAAUACUUCUGCUUAUAAAUAAGAAUUGCUUAUAAAUACGCGGCUUACUUUUAGCAGGAAAUAUAGAUCUACGACUAAAUCUGUUUGCAUCAAAUUUAUUUCCUCCUUGGAAGUAUUGAGAGAAUCCAGGAUGAAAAUUUUAGUGAUCACUAUAGGUGUACUGAUCGUUAUAGCGGCAGUUUGUGGCUUCGAUUUCGAAAUUGCAAGAAAUUAUAAGGAGAAUUAUGCGAAUUGUUGCAAAUCAUUCGGCUUGUCAACGAAUCAAUUCCAUACCGAAGCAUUCAAAUGCGCAAUGUUUAUGGAUGAACGAAUUUUCGAUGAAGAUGGCAUAAUUAGAAAGGAUGGAUUCUUAUCAUUGCUUAAAGAUGUUAUUAGGAAGGAAAACAAGUUGAAAAGAGCACAAGAAAUAUUCGAAAAAUGUUAUGAUGAAGGCAAACUUCCCAUAAUAACGUACAAGAAGGAGGAAGAUUACAACUGUACGCUAAACUUGCCAGUGAUAGUUACCUUCAACGAGAAUUAAAAACAAAUUUUCUUUUUCUUUCAUAGAGCAGAUUUUGUUUCAUAGAGUAUUAUGGACCAUUCUUUUUCUAUUUUUUUUCGUUUUCUAAAUUCUGUGUGUAACUUUUCUUUUACAUUACUUCAUCUCUUCCUAUUAAAUUGUAUGUUCACGAUAAUAAUUUAAUAAAGCAUAUUUGUAUUGAAGAAAUGUUAAUAUAAACUGAUAAAAUUUAUUUCACCGACUUGAUUAUCAAGUAUCAAAUCUGAGU